UGAGAGAGAUUAAAGGAAUAAUAAAAUAAAAUACUUUAAACUUGAGCCUAUGAACAUAGCGUAAUUGAAAUAUUUAGAUAAUUAAUAAAUCAAUUAGAAAAAUGGAUUACAAUGAUUAAAGCGUUGGGAUAUGCUAUUGUUGCAUGUUCUUUACUUACAAACAUUAUAUUUAUUUAAUGAUGACAACUAAUGCCAUUUAAGGGUUGCUUUUAAUGACAAUAGGAAUAUUUGGUCUUUUAGAAUAAUUUGAAUUGCUUGUAUUUUAAAGACCAAUAGCUCUUGGCUUAUUAAGUUUGGGUAUUGAAAAUAUGAUAUUGAGAUAGGUAGUUUGGUUGUUUUUGGACUGUUAUUAUAAUUGAUAUUCUUUAUCAGACAUUCAGUAUUAUAUAUUGGGAGAAUAAUGGUAAUAGUAAAUAUUUUGACCUCUUUAUUUGAUUUAAGUUCAGGAAUAAUAUUAUUAUUGUCUUGUUUCAUAGAAUUAAGUUUUAUAGAAUUCAAUGAUACACAGCAAUCAUUUAGUUCGACAAAAAGAACAAUUUUGUAAAUAAUCUCUAUAAUAAUAAUUGUUAUAUCUUUAUAUGGAUUUUGGAUGACAUAUCUUUAAUAUUAAACUAUAGUACCAUUAUAAGAGUAGUUGGAGAAAGAGACAAAAGUAGUCCCAGUAAUUUCAUUACGACAAGCAGUAGCAAGAAAAUUUACAAAAAAUUUUAUUGGAGAACUCACUCCAAAUAAUGGAAAAAUGAAUAGACCUACAAGAGGAGAUUCAACAUCAGAUUAAUCUUAACAAUUACAAAAAAUUUAAGUAUAACAUCAAUAUUAAUUAAAAGUUAAAGGCUUAAAAUUAAGAAGAAUUAAAUGAACCAUAUUCUAAUCAAAGAAGUGAAAAACUUAUAAAAGUCACUGAUAAUAUGACUCCAUAUAGUGAGUAUUACACUUCUUAAACAAACACUAUUAGACAACCAUAAUUAACUGAUGACAUACAAGCAUUAAGAAAAUAAAGAACUCCUAGAUCUACAUAUAAUAAAUAAUAAUAAGAAGGUUGA